AACAUUUUCCUGUCGAGAUUUAUUAUUAAAACCCGUACGCCACGUUGUCAUUUCGAAACCCUGUGACGAAACCAUCAGCGCGUCGAUGCUAUGGUCAGCUUACGUCCAUUCAAGUGCCCUUAUUUCUCGAGGAUGUAAUUAACAAACCCUGACUUCAAGAUCGUGCGUUUAGCUUCCCGCGAAUUAGUAGAGUGAGACUGAGCGAGAUCCAUAAACUGGUCGGUCUAAUUUUCGAGAUGGUCGGAAUAGGUAAAGUCGAUGUAGAGACAGUCUGGUUUCGUUCUAGGCUGUGUAUAACGCGGAUUCGUUACGGUGACCGAGCACACCUCAGUCGCAUCCUGGCACCAGGCUACACCCACUUUUUAUUCAUUUUUCAACAGGGAAUAAAUCGUGAAUCAUUCGAUACGAGUGCGACAGACUGCAGGCCUUUUCUGCUAAUGCGUAACGAGCUGAUUCCACUUGAAACUAUACACCGAAUUGGCACGAUCAAUUAUGCAGCUAGUACCUAGUUCAGAACGAGCUUUCCAAUCAUGCCCGAAUUACCGGAGAGAAAAUAAACUGUUACAGAUGGUAUCCAAUGACUACUGAUAAUAGCUCUGAACUUAGCUGUAAUCCUUCCACCAUGGUGAAGCCUCUAGCUGUUUAAAAUGACGUGACAGCUCGCGCGUUUCGCUGCAGAAAUGUAUUUGUAAAAAUUUUCAGUACUUCAGAGCGUAACCAUCUUCGGUUUGGUAAAAAUUAUAAAAACAAUUAAAACCAAAAAACAAAAGAAAUGCUUUUCAAACAAGAGGACGUCUCACCGGACGACCCAAAAACCGUGUUUUAUGACAAGAGUAACGUGACCACUAGCGCCAGCGAUGGGGUUAUAUUUCGAUGUGACAAUACUAGGUACGGAAACGAUGCAAAGAGCGAGUCCUUGUCCUACGACGAAACAACCGAGUACAUCCUUCGCCCCUUGGAACAAACUGACGCGAGCCUGCAGAAAGAGGGUUCCGGGGACCAGAUCCAGGACGAAGUCCCGAUGCGGAGAAGUCUCUUCCCGUUCGUGGCUCCCUACGUGUUGUUUCACUCGAUAAAUUGCAAGUGCCCAAAGCUGUCCAGCAGUAUCAGCAAGUACUUGAAGUGGAAACUGAGCGGAGUAACACCGAGGAUAGUGAUUCGAACGCUUCGGAAGUCGGGAUAUCGUCUGGUUACAGAGGCGGAGGACUGGUCAGGUACAUGGGGUCACUCGGUGAAAGACGCGGCGCUGUUCAAGGAGGUGAAAUGCUUCCAAAAGCUCAACUGUUUCCCCGGAUCGCACAAUCUCGGCUGCAAGGAUCAGUUGUGGAGAAACUUUAGUCGCCUGAGAAGAGUGUUUGGUAAAGAAGAGUUCGGCUUUGUGCCCGAGACGUUUAUCCUUCCCCGGGACAUGGGGAGGCUGAAGAAGGCUUGGAGAAGGAACCUCGGACAGAAAUGGAUCGUGAAACCGCCGUCGUCGGGACGUGGACAAGGGAUUCGAGUCAUCGAUCAGUGGUGGGAAGUGCCCAAGUGGCACCUCGUCAUCGUCCAACGCUACUUGACCAGGCCGAAACUAAUACACGGAAGGAAGUUCGACCUGCGAGUCUACGUCCUGGCGACCAGCAUCGACCCCCUCAGGAUCUACGUCUACUCCGAGGGACUCGUGCGGUUCGCGUCCGUCAAGUACGUCGACAAUUCGAAGAACCUCAACGACCGUUUCAUGCACCUGACAAACACCAGCAUCAACAAAUACAGUCCUAACUACGUUGUCAACGGUAACGCGAGCUCCUGUUACGGUCACAAAUGGUCCUUCAGUACCCUGUGGGCCUUCUUGGCAAGGAACAACGUCGACGUAAAGGCCUUGUGGGGCCUGAUCAAGGACAUCGUCGUGAAGACGCUAAUCGGUGGGGAGGCGUCGAUGCGCGCGAAGAUCAGGGAGAACGUAGCCUCGACGUACGCCUGCUACGAGCUUUACGGUUUCGAUGUUAUUCUCGACGAGGACUACAAGCCUUGGCUUUUGGAAGUCAACACCUUACCCUCUCUGCAUACCGACUCGUCCUUGGAUGUGACCGUCAAGGCUCCACUGAUUAGGAGCGUUUUCAACAUGGCGGGAUAUCAGCUGCCCUCAAACAUGACUGUAUUCGAGGAGCGGCAACUGGUCAAGGAAUUUCAGUGCCGGAGAAUGCGCCAGGACGAACGGAUCUACAGCACGAGUCUCGGGGAGGAGGAGAAACGGAAGCAGAGGGAAUUCCUCAGGUCGCCGGAACGCGCCAAUUAUAUUUUGGCCAUUAUCAGGGAUCUGACUAGGGACGAUGUUCGGCAGCUCAUUAGAUACGAGGACGAAAUCACUCAGAUUGGAAAUUUCGAAAAGGUUUUUCCAACUUCCGAGAGUCACAGGUAUCACUGCUUCUUCAAAACUCAACGAUACUACAACCUGCUUCUUGAUGCCUGGGAGUUUCAAGCACGCAAGGACAGACGCGAUGGAAUUGAACGACUCAAGAAUUUGUGCAGGAAAAAAUUUCACUUGGAAACUAUGGCGCUUCUCUGAUUUGCCGGUUGUUAUGUCGAAGUUUGUCCUUUUCCCACAUAAGAUUAUCCAAAAAACACGAAUAUGGAAUUUGUUUCAGUCUCACUGUGUCAAAUAAAGCGUAUUACCUUCG